AUGAACUCGAUCAGCUAUCUCGAUUCGGUCCUUAGCCGCUCAUUCGCGCCGGCAUCGGAUCGACCCCCAUCACGACCCUCGUCCUCGUCGUCUGCCCAGCGCUCUCGCUCGCAUUCCUCUCUUCCCGCCAGCAGGAGAGCAUCGAGCACCUCUCCUGCCACCACGUCUACUUCCUCCUCGCUGCGAAGAUGGUCGCAAGAGCAAGACCAACCUUCGCAAGCCCUGUAUACCAAAAACGAGUUACGCCGAACCGGAAGCACACCUGCCGGUAUCUACCCCGCUCAUGCGCUGGAUACAGACGACAGUGAUUCGGAUUCGCAGCAGACACAAACAGCCAGAUGGAGCGGCCUUUGGGGGCUGACAGGCUGGCUCGAUGACGCCAUCCACCCUGGCUCCCACCGUCACUCGCGCAAGAACAGCGAUUCCCAGCUUUCCGUUCGACGCACAAGACGUGUACCCAGUCUAGACGAUCUGCUGCUGUCGUCAACCGCUCCGCGACGAGAUCUAGCGCGGCGCACUGCCUCUUCGGGAUACGACCAAACAUUCCCCCAUCGUCUUGGCGAGUAUUCUAGCAGCACAGACGAGUCGGAAUCUAGGCACCGGCGCAGAUCCAAGCGCAAUUCUUGCCUCGGACCAACCAGCUCUCUCUCCCUUUCCCCUCCGCCUCAGGAUCAACAGCUAGAAGCAUGGCCUGUUCAACAAGAGCAUAUGCUCAGGCACGACGACCCGGAGCUCAUGACCGAAAAGGAACGUGAGGACAUUGUCGAGUUCGACGGCGGCGAUUUUGCGCCGGAAGACAUGGACGGGCCUCGAGAGCGCACCAUCUCGCAAAGCAGCGCCGACAGCAGUUGGGGUGAAGGCUCUUACGCCUCGCACGACGCAGCAAUCACUUUGACCACAGCUGCAGGCUCCGCUUCUGUAUCGGAGGAAACGUGGCCAGAAAUUCACGUGACCAGUGACGCCAGUGAAGCUAGCUCGCAGGAUGAGGCGGAUGAAAAGAGGGUCGACUCGCAAACUCUGCUCGAGGCGGCAAAGGGACAAGUCGAGGCAAUCGAAACUGUUGCCAAAGAGGAUCCCACGUCGUCGGUGGUGCAUCCGACUGCUGCAUCGGCAACGCCGAAGAAGAAUUCAGCCUCAUCUUCCACGGACGUUGAAAUCACACCCACGACUCAGCGCAACAAGCCGUCCGAUUCGCCCGCGUCCACCAUAACAACACCGUCUGCCUCUAGGAAGGGAUCUUUACGUCGAAGACAAGCGGCUGCCAUCACCGCCACGGAAAGCAUGAUUUCCUCGUCUAGCUCGUCGCUCAUCAGCACCACCGACUCAGAACAAGCUGUCGAUCGUAGUCUCACCUCCUCCAGGACGAGGAAGCGCCGCUCGGCUCGAUCAUCUGCCAACUCUUCUACUCGAGCAUCCGAGGCCGACGACUCGCGAGGCUGGUUCGCUCCUCGUAACGGAAACGCCGACGGCACGACAGCUGCCAAACACGGUGCUGUGCCGUCGAAACGGAAAAGUUUAGCAAAACGAGCGAUUCGCAGAACGUUUUUGACAUUACGAAACCUGUUGGUCAUGGUGCUGUUGUGCCCCUUGAACUGUGUGCGCUACCUUCGCAGGCGUCGCACUAUGCGAGCAGAAGAAGCUGUCGAAGCGAUUUACGAGCGAGCUCAAGUUCCGAUCCUCGAGAAGAACUCGAGCGACCAAGCGACGCCUACUCGGUCGUCGAAACGCCCAUCUCCGCUUCGAUUUGCGAGCAAAGUGGAGCCUCAGUGGGACGGCGAAAAGCGCAGCGGAAGCGCAGGUCGUCCACGUACGCCCAAGCCAGAUGCGAAGGACGCCAGCCUUUUCGUCGACCAGGAACCUGUGACCGAAGAGCAAGCGGCUGCAUUGGGACCGGUGUGGAAGGCAAUCACUUCGGGACAAAGGACGCCGUCCAAGUUGCUGCCUAACCCGCAGGUGGUAGAUCCGAUGCUGGCACAUAACAGCAAGGCCGAGCCCAUCGAUACAGUUAUGGCGGAGAAGGAGGCUGUGAUGGAGGCGGAGCGGCAGUCCCGGAUUGCCAAAGGCAGGGCAGCUCGUCGGGCUGCAGCCGAUGGAUCUGAUCGAUCGUCUGCGGUGAUACCGAGCAGUCAGAUUCCGCGUGGACCCACGAGCAACAUCAUUCACCACUCACCCAAGAUCCUCGUUCUCGACCUCGACGAGACACUGAUCCACUCGACCUCACGUUCACCGUCUCACUACGCGUCGGCGGGCGGACGUACGACCACGUCCGGAUUUCUAGGUCUCGAAGCCGCCGGUGCAUUCUUGGGUCUGCGAGCCAACGAUAAUCCGCGGCGUAUCCGGCCGCACAUGGUCGAAGUGGUGCUCGACGGGCGCUCGGUACUGUACCACGUCUACAAACGGCCGUGGGCGGACUACUUUCUGCGCAAGGUAGCGUCGUGGUACACGGUGGUGAUCUUCACCGCGUCCGUGCAGGAAUAUGCGGACCCGGUCAUCGACUGGCUUGAUCAGGGUCGCGGCUUGAUUUCGGCAAGACUGUUCAGGGAGAGCUGCUCGUUCAAGGCGGGCUCAUAUGUCAAGAAUCUGCAGGUGGUAGAUGAGGAUUUGAGCAAGGUCUGCUUGGUCGAUAACAGCCCAGCGAGUUAUCGGCUGAAUAGGGAAAAUGGCAUUCCCGUGGAGGGUUGGACGAGUGAUCCUAAUGACGAGGCGCUGCUUGAUCUCUUGCCGGUCCUCGAUAGCUUAAGGUUCGCAAGUGAUGUUCGGCAUAUUCUGGGCAUUCGCGGUUGGUAG